UAUCACUCCUGGGGACGACGACUAUUUCCAUAAAUGUGAAACAGGAGUCACCCUGUCUUUGUCAUUAGGGGGAGACGUUGAGGUUGAGAACCAGUAAUGCGAAAAUGGCGACGGGGAAGAGUCACCUCGAAGGCCGGUCCUCCACUUGUCUCCGAAAAUAUCGUAUAUUUGUUAUUUUUGUUGGAACAAUACUCUGUGUACAAGUGUAUCUAGCAUACUCAUUCCUGAGACUGGAGAAUCAGACCGGAGAGUCAUCGCCAGGAUCCUCCAGAGAGAUCGACACAGGAAAAUCAGAAAAAAAUGAGGGACUACCAAAGGGCUCACGCCAGCUCAAACUGCCACCGGACAAGACCAUCAACACGAUUAAAACGUCCUCAAUCCAUUCUAACCGUACAAUUGUAAAAUUGGAUCGUGAAUCGUUGAAUUUCACGCCAAUUUGUGAUGUCAAUGGACGAGAGGCAAUCAGUGCCAUCAGUAGGGCGCACUCACAAUUAUGCAAAGAGACAAUUGUCAACGUCACUUGCAUGAGUCAAAUGGGACUGCUUUACCCAGAACGACUGCACUCAUUCUGUCCCCACUCAAGAGGUUUCAGUGACCUGCCAGUCAACCUGGGCUGCUUCAAGGACGACAAAACCCAACGACUUCUCUCCGGAUACUACUCUAUUCUAAAGGGAGUCAAUUCUGCUCAGCAAUGUGCAUUCCUGUGCCUCCAGUCAGGGUAUCCAUACGCUGGUACCGAAUACUCGGUAGAAUGUUUUUGUGGAAUUGAGGAGCCGCCCCAAACAAAGAGAUUACCAGACUCCAGUUGCAACAUGAAGUGCCCAGGGGACCUUAAACAAUCCUGCGGUGGAUAUCUGACGAUGAACGUCUUCAAAACUGGAAUCAAGAAGUUCAAAGCUCAAGAGGCACGAAACAGUAGUUUGAAGACUGGUCAGGAGAAGCCGAUAAGAAUAGCUUUUCUGUUGACAGUUAAUGGACGAGCCAGUAGACAAGUUAAAAGACUGAUUAAUAUUCUUUAUGAUCCUUCACAUUUUUACUACAUCCACGUUGAUGCGAGGCAAGACUACAUGUACCGAGAGAUGUUGGAGGUCGAGAAAAAAUGUGCCCGAAGGAACAUAAAAGUAGCAAAAGGUGGUUUACGUCACGCAAGCAUCUGGGGUGGUGCUAGUCUCCUAACGACCCUCCUCACAUCAGCCCGACAAAUGCUCCAGUACUCCAAGGACUGGGACUUCCUCGUGAAUCUCUCCGAGUCGGAUUUUCCAGUUAAGACUAAUGCCCAGUUAACGGACUUUCUCACCCUCAACAGGGGCCUCAACUUCGUCAAAUCUCACGGUCGUGAGGUGCAACGUUUCAUAACAAAACAGGGGUUGGAUAAGACAUUUGUGGAGUGCGAGGCCAGAAUGUGGCGUCUUGGUGAUCGACAACUGCCGAAGGGGGUGCAGAUAGAUGGGGGAAGUGACUGGAUGGCCCUCAGUCGUGAGUUCGUUCAGUACGUCACCGAGGAACAACCGGAUUCACUCAUCAGGGGUCUUCUCCAGGUCUUCAGGUACACCCUCCUGCCAGCUGAAUCGUUCUUCCACACAGCCCUGAGGAACUCCAUCUUCUGCGAUACAUACGUUGACAACAAUCUCCAUGUGACCAACUGGAAGCGGAAAUUGGGCUGUAAAUGUCAAUAUAAAGCUGUUGUUGACUGGUGUGGCUGCAGUCCCAAUGAUUUCAAACUCGAGGACUUCAACAAAAUCAGAAACACCGGUGAGAAGAAUCUGUUCUUCGCCAGGAAAUUCGAGCCAGUUAUCGAUCAGAGGAUAAUUGAUAAGAUUGAACAGUGGUUGUACCCCGAGAGAUACAACAAUUCCAUUGGUAAGGGCUUCGACAGGUACUGGCAGAGUCUGUAUCAUCAUGCUGAUCUGACUCCACUCUUCGAUGACACAGUCCUGACGAUCUCCAACUCAUUAACAAGACUGAUUUACUCGAAAUAUGGGUUGGCAUCGAGUCACGUUCGUCUGCUGGAAGUUAGUGCGUACUUCGUGGGGAAUAAAUUCCAGGGGAUUUUGGUGCAGGCUGAGGUGGACAUGAAGGCCUUCGAGUCAUCAACGUUCCAGAAUGAUUUUCCAGAGAGACUGGAGGCCCUGGUGAUACCUAGGCGUCAGUUCACUGCCAGUAAAACUUGGUCUGAUAGAAUUAGACAUCUGGAAGUUAAUACGGAUUACGAUCAGAAGGAGCAGACGUUCAGGAAUUUGGUGGGUGGUAUGGGACCCCUGUCAACUCCAGUACUGUCUUAUGAGUUUGAUGCAGCCCUGGUGACACCCAGGAACCUCAGCGUUCUGUGGAUUGAUCCCAGGGGGAAUUUCGUGGACGUUAAUCAUCUGCAGCUGGAGGAGAUGUCGUUGAUUGGGUCGUUGAAGCCACAGCUUGAGGAGCCACUGGUCAUUGGGGAGUGGCAGGUGGUGAUGAUUGCUGAUACUGUGGUGGUCAGUCAUCUCAAGUUCCUGGUUACUCCACUCGGGUACUGGAAAAAUCGCAGGAUUUCGGGGAAAAAGGCCAGGGAACUGCAUAAUGGACCUGAUGGCAGACAUCGAGAGCCACCUGAUGUUGAUGGGAAGUGGAUGGCUCUUCUCCAGGAGGCCAGCAUUAAUUUUAGAAAGAAUGGCGAACACAGUCAUGAUAAUCACACGGAGAAUCGUGUUGGUGCCGAAUUGAAUGCCUGGAUUGAUGAAUUGACUUCGGAUUUUUACAGAAUUGAACGAUUGUGCGUCAGUGAUGAGUCGAGGAGUUCGGGGAGGAACAGUAAGAAUUUUAAAAAAUGCUCACUGAGUGAUUGGAGCUCAUUCAGUCCUGAUCCCAAGGCUGAUACUCAUUAUUUGUGUGGAGUCUAGACAAUUGUGGAUAAAACGUCAUUUACUCGAUAUUAAGUAAUUCAAUACUCAGAUGUGAUUUGGGGAAUAUUUUUUUUAUUUUGAGGGAGAUGAAAAAUCAUUGUAUUAUAAUCAUUCGUUGAGAUUAUUGGGGUGAAGUGGUGGGGGUGGAGAAUCAUUUUGAAGGUUUGGGGAUCAUGAGUAGAUUUUUUUUAGAAACGAGAUCUUGAAUUUAUUGAAUUUUGGGUUCUCACAUGUGGAAACAUCCACUUGUUCUGGAGAAUGUUUUUUUUGGAGAUUUUACAGGAAACUUAAUCUCAAUUAGACUGGUGCAAUUCACUUCAUUAAUACAUCACUGAUGUUGCCAUUCGAGGAACAUUAACUAGCGCCUUUGUAUAAAGACAUCUUCGCAUAUUUUUAUAACUGAAUAUUAUUACGACUGUAUAUACUCUUUGUAUCGAACAAUAUAACUAAGUGUAUAAAAUUUUUAUAUCGUG